AGGGAGUUAUAGACCAACCGAACUUCAACUCCCUCACAUCUCUUCCCCCACUCUCUCUACUGCUCACCUCGUUACUUCUCAGAGCUUGCAAAGCAAUACGUGCCAUUGGAUUAAUGCUUCAUGAAUGGCGGAGAUGAGCUGGGAUGAUCUGAGAAAGGAAGCCCGCAGAUUAGAAGGAGACCUCGACGUUCGACUCUCUUCUUAUGCGAAACUUGGAGGUUACAUUGAUGGAAAAUCACUAACAGAUACACAUGGCCAAGAUAUUCAAUGGAAAUCCAUGGAAAUGGAAAUACAGGCUCUACUUGAGAAAUUGUUGGAUGUUAAUGAUACAAUGAGUCGAUGUGCAGCUGCUACAGUCCCAAGUAUUUCCAUGGGGCAAAAGCUUACAAGACAUAGAGAUAUUCUUCAUGAAUAUACUCAGGAAUUCAAACGUACGCAAGGAAAUAUAAUGUUAAUGUGGGAGCAUGCCGAGCUCCUUAAAUCAGUUCGUAAUGAUAUAAAUGAAUAUAAGGCAUCGACUACAUUAAAAUUAGCCCCGGGCCUUUUAAGAGAACGUGCUGCUAUACAUGGAAGUAUAAACCAGAUAGAGGAUGUAACCGAUCAAGCAGAAUCACUCAAAGGAGUAUUGACAGCGCAGAGAAAUGCAUUUACAAGUAUUCAAGGAAAAGUGAAGCAAUUGAGUGAUAGAUUUCCAGUGAUCCGUGGACUCCUAGGAGCUAUCAAGCGGAAGAGAUCUAAGGACACACUUAUUCUAUCAGCUGUUAUUGCCGGAUGUACAUUAUUUCUUCUUAUAUAUUGGUUGUCAAAGGAAUAAUUGAGGAGAUUAUUUCUAUUUAAGUACUUGCUUCUUGCAACAGCAUUUCGCUAAGUGAUCAGUCAGGAUGCGCAAGCUUGUGGUCCACCGCUCCAGUAAAUUUUAUGCAAUUAGGGGACAGACCCUGCAAUUGUAUGUGCUGAUCUGUGGGUGCACAUGUAGAGGGCAUAUGCUUUGAAUACUAAAAUUGUCUCUUCUAACAGGAUGAGGAAUCUGCCGCCAGGCUUCCAGUUAUUCCAAGAUAUUUUUAUUGUGAACUGGCUUCAACUGCUGAAAUCUGGAUGGUAUUUUAGUUCCUGAUGGAUGCGGUAGUUAUUUUAUUCUCUGUAUAUUACUUUUUAGACUUCUUUCUGUUAUGGAGCAUAUAACUACCCAAGGAAGUUUAUCUGUAUAUCCUGUGCUUGGGCAUUUUAUUUUGUGUGUCAAGAGCGCUAGUCCAUUAGGAGGUUUCAGUAACUAUGUUUCUAUUGUUGCAAACGCUUCCUGUUAAAUCGGAUUUUGCAACUGCCA